AGGAUCGAAACCCGGGGCUGCGAAGGUCGCUGAUGUCCGCUACGAGCCCUGCCCCUACCCCCGCCACUUCGCCGUCACCCGAACGAAGCCGAGCAACAGGAAGAAGAACACCCUCGCCGUCGAAGCCCGGAAACAUCGCCGCGUCCCGCCGUCUAAUCCGCGCCACCCAACGACUCGAUCCAACCGGAAGAGAGAAGCGCGAGCGCUACCGGCGCGUCAUCCCCCUGUUGGAUAAUCGCCGGCCACCACGCGUCCGUUCCUACAGAACCUCGACACUAGCACUGCUGCUGUAUCGCCGAUCAGCCCGACCACCCCUCUGAAUGUCUUCGCACAUCCAAAAGUCGUGCGUGGUGAGGACACAGGGGCUUGAAGCGACAUUGAGUGACAGCAAAAAGAAGUACGGCGACAAGGUGAAUGCACUUCUGUCCGCCUGGGAGCAUGUCACCAAUUUCAUUCCUGGGGCAACGCCAGAGGCCACCCAGUCUCUCAUAGAAUGGGCUCACAAACACACAUUGAAAUUGGUUCUGCGCGGGGAGUGGCCGAAGUUGUCACCCGCGACAAAGACGCACCUCAGCGUAACCUUACAGAGGUGCGCGUCUCACCUGGUGCAACACCCCGCUGCACCCAGGUGCACUGCCCUGAUAGCUCUGGUGCACAAUCCAUGGACUCAUCCCGCACUCGACAGUAUACUUAACGGCCAACCGGAUUCCGAACAUGAAGAGGAAUUCUGCUGUUCGGAGAAAGGCGAACUGUUAACGAUGAGGCUGAAAAUACUUUGCGAGGACCGCUGCGAGGACAUAGCGGUGAACCUCGCCGCCGCUUGCGUACGUUCCCUGCGGCGGAGCGAUCGGCUGCGCUCGCUCUCGGAUUCUCAUCACGUUCAUUACAUGAUCGACGUCUAUAUUGUCCUGUUGUAUAAAUUGAAACGCACGCAAGAUAUAUUCGCUCAAUUAAAAUUAAUGGAUCUCAGCGACGGUCUGGAAUUGGUCCAAAGGCUCAGCGGUGAAAGACCGACAAAAUAUGGAACCGCGCGAGUUUGGAGGAAUUCGAUAAAGGCUGCUGAAUUGGUUGCACAAUAUCUCGUUACCGCGGGCAUGGUCCGACCCGUGCCGGAGACGGGCGCGAACAUCCUCGAGCAGAUCCUGAACUCCUGGGCCUCGCUGCACUCGAAAUUGAAGGACGUUGCCCCCACGUUGCCAGGAAUGAUACGGAAAUUGAUAGAACCGGCCGAGAGUGCUCAGCAUAUUUAUAUCUUCUGCGCGGUGCUCACGAAACACUUCGGCGACAGCAUAAAGCCUCUGGUAAUCGAGCUGUAUAUCAGGGCGUUGACGACGGACAUGAAUGAGCUGGAGAGUCAGAAGGCGAAGUCUGACAAAGAGAAGGUUCGAGAGACGGCGAAACGACUGAGCACGCAGUUCCUUAAGUUAGCCGACGUGGUUGGCAGCAACAUCGGUAUCGCUCGCGAAUGUGUGUUAACCGCGUUCUCGUUGCAUCCGACCAGGUCCUGCUACGACAGGAUCAAGGAAAUCGCCGUGGCCUGUGGCAAGACAAGGGAAGACAGCUCGGCAUCCGGUGACGGCGACAAGCUCAAGUACGCGUUGGAGAGCAAUCACGCGAACGGCGCGUUGACGAAAUCGGAGAAUGACAGGGAUGAGCCGAAGAAUGAUGGGGACAAAAGCGACGAGAUCGCGGAAACAACGACAUGCCUGCGUGACACCUCAUUGGUCCCGGCACCGUCGUUGCCAGACUCAACGACGCUUGCAGCAAAAAAGAGCAUCGACUUCCAGAACGGACAGGUCAGCAAGAGCUUCGAGCGUACCGAUCAGCUGCUGAAGAGCCUCCUGACGACCACGAAGAAGAUAGAACCCGCGGUGCCGACGAACGACAGGUGCCCUCUGCAUCCAAAGAGGGAUCCUCUGUCUGGUGCGCCACUCGGGGAGCUUUGCUUCAACUGUGGCGAGUUCACUGGCAACGACAUCUCCACUGGCAAGCCCGCCGAGACGAGCGAGCCAGCAUCCAGGAACGUGGAAAGGACCCUCGACGCACUGAUACUGAUCAAAGGCGACGCGGUUACGGGCUCGGCAAACUACGACGAGAAAUCUGUGCCCAAUCAAGUCCUCGAUGGUGAGAAACUGGGCCUGUCGCCGCAGCUGUGCGACGACCUGGCCGUAGUAUUGAGCAGCCCCCGCUACCACAUGCUCAGCUGGGUCCUCGAUUGGAAGGAGUUGAACAGUCUUUGCGAGAGGUACCUAGAAAAUGCCGAGGAGAUGAGGAACACGAACAAGGAGUUGAAGUAUCUAAACAUCGACUACUCGCAAUUUAAAGACUGGCCCUCGGAGGACGAGACCAAGGACAUAUUCUUCGGAAUCGAGAAGGGGUACGAGCAGUGGGUUGACCUGCCGUCGGACAACUCGGAACAGUUCGGCAGCUUUCAGCCCGCGGGCACGUAUAAGCGAUCCUCGACGAGAAGAAGUUUAGACGACACCACUACCACAGACUCGGACAGCGGGAGCAUACUGCGCGUGAGGAGGACUGGCAGGCCGAGAAAGAUCCACCGGCUGGAGUCGUCCGAGAGCGACUACGACAGCGCGGACCGAAAGUUGAAGCACUUUAGGAACAGCUCAGUAUCCGACAGCGAUAGCAACACUCAAGACAGUCAAACAGACAGCCUAGGCAGCGACGUGUGUCGACCGGAGACGAAGAAGAAGACCAAUAAAUCGGUAGGUAAAGAGGCAAGCAAGAAACGUUCCAAGUCGUCGAAGCUGACUGUCGAGUCCGUCUCACACUUCCACAUGCUGGUGAACGAGAACGUGCGGCACGCGAACGCGAACGAGGAUGCGAGCGGCUCCGACGUAAGCAGCAACGACAUCAUUACGCUGUUUUCCGCGGACAUGGACGAAAACAAACGAGAAACAAUCAAGGGAUCCGCGUAUACAGCUGCUGCGCCAUUGAUCAUCACCGAGAGGAGGAGCGAUCCGGCUGUGCUCAAGUCCUUGAGGAUGUUCAGGCCUCAGAACACGAAGAAACCGACCAGGAUCUCACAGAUACUGCAGAAAAACUUAUUGAAUAAGAGCAAAGACAAUAACAACUUAGAGAACAACGCGACCAGUGUAACCAAGUUUGCCCCGAUGCUCAGCACGCUGAACCUGAACCCGAAAAUUGUAUUAACGAGGACGGAUGAGAUCGACAGGCGGUUGAUCCGCGCAAAGAAACAACAACGACUGAGCAGCGGUGACAUCACCAGUGAACUGAUGAACAUCCAGAAGAACAUGCCGUUCUCGCCGAACAAGAACGCGAUAUCUACUUAUCAGAAACAGAAAGGAAAUACGGGAACGAAUACGACCAAGUCCGAUCUGACGUCCGCGGAGGGUCGUGACUUGAAUUCGAAAUCAAAUUUAGGAAAAAGAAAGUUCGAUAUUCUGGCGAAGGCGGUCAGAGAUUCGGAUAUACUAGCGAAGAACGUGCCAGGCUUGAACUCGCUGGACAUGAUGGUACCACCGCGGAUGCGGCCCACUGUCAACGUGGUGCAGCUCUCUCGAAACAUUCCACAGAGCCCGAACUCGGGCUCAGUUAACAGCGGCAACACUCCGCCACGGCCGAAUAGAACCCCCAGCGUAGCGGGAACCAUUCAAUUGCCGGGCACGCCAUCCUCCGGCGGACAUGACAGCGGUGUAGGUAUGAGUCCAGCAGGACAAACUCCUCCGCCUAGAUCUUCGACGCUUCCCGACGUCGGUGAAGAGGCGAAUCAACCACCCGAUGGGUCGCCGACAUCGUCGACCACUACAAACGUUUCCAGCCAACUCGAAUCGGACUCCAGUCCUAGAACAGUGCCGAUUCGUCGGAACCAACAGAAUCAGUCCUCGCCAAAGAAGUCCCCGUCGCCGUGUUCUGCGGUGACGACAACCACGACCACGACUACGACCACAUCUGCCAUCGGCUCGGCGACCGAACAGCUGCAGAUCGUCUGCAAGCCGGAUGGCACCUAUCAGUUAGCUUCCGUUAAUCCAAACCUCGUCUCCAAUCAGAGGAACGUUCUCAAUCUUCAGAGCAUAGAUGACAAUAGUGGUAACAGCGGUGGCAGCGUCGGUGGAUUCUCGCGACAGAAUCAGCAUGCGGAGAACGUGAACGCGAACAGAAACACCUACGAGAGGUUGACCGGCGCGGCGAAAACGAACUCGCAAUCGGGACAGAACGCUGGCCUGCCGAAGUUCCAGCAAGCCUUCCGUAAGACCAUCUACACCCUGGCGACGGACGCAACAACGGGCGGCGUAGCCGGACCCACGUCCGAGACGCUGGUCCAGGCUGCGUCACCACAGAAGACCGCGAACCUCUCAAAGGCGGUACAGACGUCCGUGCCAAGUGCGCAACAGCCGAACUCUGCGUCGGGAAUUAACGUGCAGUCGAUCGCGAACAUACCGAAUGCACUGCAGUUAUCUACCGGCAGGCAGAUACUGAACAUCGUACAGAGUUCGGGUAACAACGCGAACGUCGCGACUAGUCCGAACGCCAAUCAAACGCUGACUCAGCUCGUGCAGAACGUGCAGAACGCCUCGCCGGGCGUAAUAUACACGCACAAGAUCCCCGUUACAAUAUCCACUACAAAUCCAAGCCAACUGAACAUCAUUCCUACGAUAUCGCAUGCGAACUCGAUACCAGCUGGCAGAACGCCGGUAGUCAAGCUGAACAUCAUCCGAACAACCACGCCGCUCAGGCAACAGAACAUCACUGGCGCUAUCCAAGCAGUUCUGACCACGCCCAGGUUGCAACAGCAACAGCAACAGCAGCAGCAACCACAACAACAACCGCAGCAGCAGCCGCCGCCUGCGGUCAGAACAGAUAGUUUGAUUGGUUCACCCAUAGAAGUGCCGAAUCAGGUCAGCUCGACUACCCUAGAACAGUUGAGAGAGUUCGAGAGCGUCCUGGAACAAGUGAAAGAGAGGAGCACGAUCCAGCCUCAGUCUCAUCAGAUGAUAUCCGCCGCCGCUACGACCACCGUGCAGACACAAACUACCACGCAACAGACACAAGCGGCCAAGCCUCAGCAACAACAACCAGCGCAACAGACGCAACAACCGCAGCAGCAACAGCAACAACAACAACAGCAGCAGCAGCAGCAGCAGCCGCCGCAGCAGCAACCACAACAACAGCAGCAACAGGUUUCCGUGAGCGCUCUGGCGCAACAGCUUCUGAUGCCUACGCAACAGGCUACCAACAACGAUUUCACGAGCAACGGGAACACCGUCAACUUCCAGCAAGACAUCUUCUCGCAAAAGGUCUCGUUGGCGUAUGUAAAUCAGAGUACGGGAACCGCAGCCGCGAAAACGCCGAACUCAACGCCGGUAGUCGUGGUGACGAGUUACUGUCAGCCAGCAGCUUCGCCCGCUUUGAGCGUUACCUCGCAGAGUUCUUCGAGUCCCUGCGUGACACCGGCUCCUGCGCCCAUACCAUCCGCCGGGAAGACACCGCCCACACCGCCCUCAGCGAAAACGGUGAAGAAAUCCGCACCAAAGACCCUGAAGACCAGUGGGACGAACACAUCGAAGGCUUCGCCGAUCCCCAAGCCGCAACAAAAGCCGCAAGAGGAUGAGCAGACCGCACAGAGGAUCUACGCGAUAUUGGACGAGUACGCGGAACAGUUGCGCAACUCGCCGGACCUGAAUAACAAACCGGCACCCAGGAGAAGAUCGAAUCCGCCGACAAACCCCAGCCAAUCCUCCAAACGGAAGAAGUCCAGCGCGAACAAGACGAAGCCGGUCGGCCAACAGAACUCCGAGCUGAGUCCGAGCACCGACGAUCUCGGCAGAACCAUGGGCAGUGAGGAUUCAUCCAGCGGCGUGGUUCACGUGCAGGACAGCCCGGCUGGGUUCUCCGCUCCUGAAGAACCUAGCGGCAACGUGUCAAGCGUCAGCGACGCGAAUGCCGAGGUCCGCAGUUUGACCAACGACUCGAGCGAUGGCGUUGAGCUGAACGUGAAGAGGCGAAACCUGAUCUUCGCCGAGCCAGGGUCUGGCCAGCCCAGGGCGGUGAUCGUCCAGGAAGCCGUCCAGACCGGUUCGGUUAGCGUCAGUGAAGCUCUGGCUUCGGUCACUGGUAAGAUGGGCAGCACGGCCGUCCUGGUUCCGGGCACUAAUUACAUCCUGCCAAUGAAUCUGAUGAAGGGCGGUCAACAAUUCACGAUAGUAUCCAGUGGGUCGAAACUUCUUGCUACAGUACCAGCGACUGUUCGGACCACUGGUAAUACCGGUGUCUCGAACACACUGCUGCUUCAGUCGUUUCUAAACCAAGCAGGGAAGAUCAUCUCCCAGCCGGCGCAGGUUAAGCAGGUCAAGAUUCCAACGCUGCAGACUUUGUCCGGUAAUCAGACUUUGACCACCGCUCAGAACGUUCAAGCAGCUUCGGUGGUUAUCCCUCAAACAGCUAGCACCGGUAGCUCAUUCGUUGGAGAGACAGCCACAGAGAAGAGCAACAUCAUCGGCGAUCUGGCCAUUGGGAAAAGCGAGAACACUGGUGUCGCGGCUACCAGCGUUGCCGUUGAGUCCGCUGCGAACGCAAUCGUUGUGAACAAGAGCAACUCGGCAAUUGGGCUGAUCCAACGGAACUUGAAUGAGGCAUCGGAGAAUCAGCAGAUAUGCGGUGUGAUCACGAGCAACCCGAAUCUGACUCUUCAGAGUGCCAGGCUCUUCAAUUCUUCGAUACAUAAGCUGUCGACCACCACCGGAUUGAAGUCGGACAAUGUGGUGUGCCUGACGCCGACUGCUUCGACGAUCACGCACACGCCCGAGAAGAAACCGCCCCAAGAGACCCAGGUGCACAACGAAAAAGCGGUGUCAAUUCAACCAGGAGCUACCAUCGCUCUCGCGUUUGCAAGUCAGUCGGACGUUUCCAUGCUGAAUGACGCCCAGCAGCAUCAACAACACCAGCAUCAGCAACAACAAAAAGACAUGAAAGAGGUGUCGGCGGAUAUCAUUUCUGGUGGCAAGAUCAUUUCACCGAAGACAGUCAAGAGAAAAAUCGACGACGCUAUGGAUUCCAUGUCCACGAUCGUGACAACCAAACAGUCGGGAGGCAUCGACAACACGACGCAAUUUUUGGUGACCGGUGGGCCGAGCAGCUCCGACAGCCAAGAGUCACCUGUGCAGCAGUCCAGCGAGGGUAUCGACGUGUCCUGCAAAGUUGGGAACGGUCUACUGUACGGGAACGCGAGGCUGCAGGAGGCUUGGGAGCCGGAGGGCAAGGUGUCGCCGGAUACCUGUCCGUGGCGAUACGUGCCCACCUCGACCAAUUCUUUGAACAUCGAGCCCCUGAACUCCAGAUACACCGACAACACGGAGAACGUGCAGAGCGUGCUGCAGAUCAUCAACAAGGGCCAGGGUAUCGAGAUGGCAGGCGGUCAGAUCUAUCAGACCAACACGAAAAAGUAUUUCAUGAAUCACACCUUGGAACCGUUCCAACAGUACUCGAACAAAAGUAACGCGAUGAAAACACCGUUGAACCCGAGACUGGACCGCGAACUGUUACAGCAGAAAAUGGAGAGGAAAGCGGCGGCGAUAGAGCGCGAGAUGAGGUUACAGAAGAGCCUGUCGGAGGAGUGUGAGGACCUAGGUGUGGACGAGCCGAGCACCAGCGACCUGUUCCCCGAAGCUGACCUACUCUUCGACACGAACCACUCGCCGUCGUUCGAUCACUCGUCCCAGGACGCGUCUUGCAGCCAACCGCUCGGCAUGAAGUCGUAUGGCGGCUCUUACUUCCGUUCCCUGGACUCGUCGAGCGGCAGCAGGGAUGCCAGCCCCGUCGCCGACUUCAAGGCGAACGAGCGUAGAAGGAACACCGGUCAGCGAACGAGAUCCUCGAAGGACUCCUCGAAGAGGUUGAAGAGGGACAAGGCGGAGGAUCUGCACUUGGAGAACCCCGCGAAGCACAUGCGAUUAACUUUGGACAACUCGAGCCAGGACGAGGCGUCGAACAGCAACUCGGACAUCUCGAGGUUGUCGCCAACGCAUCUCUGCUCGCUGGAGAACGACACGCUGAAGGUGCAAAGCCGAACGAAAAUCGCGUCACGGAACGGCUCAAAGGAGGGCUCGCCAAGCAGCGUGUCCAGCAUCCCGUCUAACAUGAAGCUGGACAUCGACUUGGACUCUGAAUCGCUGCCUGCGACGAUAAACGUGAACAACGCGUCCGCCGCGAGCUCGGGGGACGAGAGCCUGACGCUGCUCAGCGGGAACACCGCGGACGUGACGAUACCGUCGCCGCUGUCACCAAUCGCCGGUCCGAUGCUCUCCACGCACAAAUACACCUACACCAACAAGAAACGCAUCGCGUCCAAGGUAACGAGGAUGGACUACCUGUCCUGGGAGAGCCCGAUGUCCGAGAGGACACGGUCGAGCAGUGACGAGGAAGACUCGAGCAUCAGUGAAUCGAUCGGCAGCCAACCGGAGGAGAACGCGCUCAGCAACGGUCUCGAUGACAGCGUUCAGAGCCUGAAGUCGUUGACCAGCGAACGGCGUUGCAGUUACUUAAAGAAAAAGGAGAAGUUGCAAGUGAACGCGAGGGUGGUGCUGAACCGUGCGGAUCAGAAAGGUAGCAGCGGGGGUGGCGCUGGCGCCGGCGGGGGCGGUGGUGGCGGCGGUGGCGGGGGUAUUUCGAAGCGCGUCAAGUCGACCGCCGAGUCGAUCCAGGACUCUGUGAUGGUCUCGAGUGACAAGGCGUCCGAGCCGUCGGACGAUGAAGGCAGCAACAUCGCACUGGUCGAGCCGGAUUGUCGCGCAAGGAGGUCCAGCCUGCGCGGCCAUGUCAAGAAGGGUUGCGCCUGUUGCAACGGAUCCCCGGAACGGCCGAAGAAGAAGUCAUCCGUCAAGUCGGAACAUUCGAAGCUGAAGAAACGAUUGUCCUCGAAACAGGCUGGGAAGAAAAGGUAGUCCUAGCGAUGGAAGGCUCGCCGGAGUAUCGCGUGCUCCGUCGUCAUGGUACACUCAUUCCUGCGACGCGCUGCUCGAUCCAGCACUUGGCCGGAGAAGCUGGGAUGGUGGAGCAGAAGGAGAAGAGGAAGAAGAAGAGGCAGAAGAAGAAGGAAGAGGAACUUUCGGUUGGUUUGAAACGCGGUCUCCGGGAUCAGACGGUGGUUAUACGACGCAUCGACGGAACCGAAUUCGGAGAGGAGUUUGCACGGCUCGGAGGACGAUCCAUUAAAUCUAAACAAGCUUGUAUAUACGUAGCAGCGAGCGAGCGCGAGGGUUGUUAGCGAGAGAAACUUUUUUCUGAUAUCCAUGUAACUCGGUAUGCGUGUGUGCGUGUAUGCGUGUAUGCGCGUGUGCGUGUGCAUGGAUGUGGGAGUUUGUCGUGUGCCUGCCCCCGUGUAGGCAACAACUGUUACUCGCAAGACAAAUUCUUCGUAAAUAUGAAUUCACGCUAACAAUUCGUUUCGUUGAUGACAGGGUGUGCAAGUGAGAGAAAAGGUUCGAGACGGAAGUGGAGACGGAGUGAAAGAGAGAACGAGAAGCAACGAAGAGAAAGAAAAAGAGAGAGGGAGAGAGAGAGGGAGGGAGAGAGAGAAAUGAGCGAAGGAAAGAUACGACGGGAGAGAGGACGAGCGAUUUCGUUGGCGGAUCUCUGCGAGAAUAGAUCAUCCUUUUACCGCUAGAUGUUACUACGAUACCUAGGUGUAAGGUGCAGAUUAUUAAUGAAUGGCAGACUUAGAUUAAAUCGUUAAGAAUAUUAGAGACGCAAUCUAGUCAAGAGAUAAGGUUUGUGGCGAGGAAUAGGUGCGCUCGGGUGGGAGAGCGAGGGAGAGAGUGAAUGGAAGCAAGCGUGGAAAGCGGCGCUAAGGGGAGCACGGCUGAUCAAGAGAUAACGAUGCACGACGUGAAACGAUUCAAAUUAGAAUGUGUGUCCGUGAUUUGUUGAUAGAUCCCUCGCAGACUAAAGAGCCUGAAUUUAUAAAUUUUCUCUAACUGUAUCUAUCGCGACGAAUAACUAUUCCACGUUCUUACACAGUGUGGUCAGACUGAGUAGACGAAAUAGAGAGUCUUAUAGAUCUCGUUCGGUGAAGUAACGUAGUAAGACACGCAUUGAACUUUUGCCUUUCCGCGUAACGCUUCUCGGUACACAUAGAAAAAAGAGAAAAUGAACCUUAACUUUAUAAAUUGCGACACGAUCCUUGUAAAUUUUAGCAUCAUACCUUGACGAACCAGGGCAGGGGGGAGGGGCUGAAGUUUGACG